AUGGCUCAUGGGAAUGCUCAUUGGCCGGAGCGAUUUGGAUUUCAAAUUGGCGGUGACUCUCCUUGCUACAUUAUUACAGUAGAUGAUGGGAGUCCGGCGAAGCAAGCGGGGCUACAACCCGGCGAUCAAAUCGUUGAACUUGACAAUCAGAAUGUGAGUAAUUUGUCAUGUGAUGAAAUCACAACAAUAGCAAAAUCUAGUUCCACUGUGCCUCCGAAUCUCGUUGUUGUGUCUUGCUUAAGGACCAUAGAAAUAAGACGCGAUAAAAAUGGGAAGUUCGGUUUCACUGUGAUCGGCGCUGGUCCGGUGUAUGUGCAGAUUGUGGAAAAGAAUGGUGCUGCCGAAAAAGGAGGGGUGAAAGUGGGCGAUAUGGUUCUGGAAAUCAACGGCGUUGCGAUACACCACUCAGACGCAGCCAAGAUGUUUGUGAAAGGAGCCAAUAAACUUCGAUUGAUGGUGAUACCAGGGGCAAAGCAGAAAGCUGUAAAGAAUAAAUGGAACAGGAAAGUUACCCCUAUGUCAGUGAAAGACAGAAAUAAAAGAAUGACACACUUUUUCCAAAAGGUGGAUGAAGUUCUCUACGGGGAUCCAGCUAAAAAAGAUGCUUUAUUGGCGCUGUUGAAACAGUAUGCAAGAGAUAAAAAUGUGGAGCAUUUAGCGAAGACGUUGACAGUCUUGUUAAAUACACCUACCCAGAAACAGUUACUUCAAGAAAUCAGGAUAUUUAUACCACCAAGUCAUCGUCAGAAGUUUGAUACGGCAAUUGCGAGUAUGAAUCAACAGUAUCGCAAUGAACCUGCUAACGCCAGGGAGUUGAUGCCACCAAUAUCUAAAAAGAGAGUUGUCCAUAUUAACCGAAUUGGUGGUGUUUUUGGAUUCACACUAACUGGCCAGACUCCAGUUUACAUUGAAUCAGUGGAUCCAGGUGGAGCCGCCAUGAAGGCUGGAUUGCAUCCUGGUGAUAGAAUACUAGAGUUGAACGGUAUUGACGUAAAGGAAAAAACUCACCAUCAGCUGAUUGACCUGUUGAAAGGUAGCGGCAAUAUGCCCGCAUUAAUGGUGGAAACAUUAGUCAGAAGAAAACCCAAAGCAGCUAAUCCUCCUCUGAUGUCUUCAGAAAUCAUGAGUAUUACGUCAACCGACUCAAUGAAUGAAAUGUAUCAUGCAAGUCGCAUCUUGUUGAAUAAUGAUGAGUAUGUGCAGCUGAACAUUAAAGGUAUAUCAAGACAGGAACUUGUCAACGAGGGAAGAUCACUCAAGGAAAUGUUACAACACCACUUGACAGCGAAUGAGAGAAUGAUCAUUAAAAAAGCAUUACAGAUAUACUGUGAUACAAGGAAUCUCGAUGCCUUGAUAAUUGACAUAUUUCCGAUAUUAGACACCCCGGCCAAGAAAGGAAUAUGGCAUUAUAUAAUACAGCUAUUACCAAAAGAACAGCAAGUACACUGCUGGAGAAAACUAAUGUUUUUAAUGGACAGGCAAGCUGCAGAGAUGGUAUUUGGUGGCACACGAAGGCGAGAUUUAGGAGGCAGGUACGCUAGUUUAGGACACCCAGAAGACGGCAUGCACUAUGACAAGUCGCUGUUUUCCAACCGAGCAGGACGAUAUGACGUGACAGCAUCUAGAGGUGAUAUUAUAUUCAAAGAUGAUAGAGAUUUUGUUCCAGUGGCAAUAGCAGCUGCGUUAUUGGAUUUAGAGAAUCGAGAACAAGUAUAUUCACGGAGGUCACUAAAUUACUAUGAGCCACCGAUGUUGAUAAGUAACAAAAGAUUUGAUACUGUGAGCGAUGGACGUUUUGAUACCAUAACUCCCAGUCGGCCAAUCCCAUACGAGUAUGACACCAGUAGAAAGGAAGUUGCUACAUUUACUGGUGAUGAAAUGAUGUUUCCACAGCAAGAACACUCAACUUUAAAUAGCAACCACAGAGGGGAGAGCAACUCUGUGGUCCCCCCUGAACCCCAGCUACAAGGCACGGGUCCCAGAGUCACUGCCGUGGUACGUGCGCAACAGCACGCCAUGGAACAGUCUAACUCACUCCAUACUAACACUAAUGUUAACAACACCGCUGCCGCCACCACCACUGCAGAUGAUGUGUCAGAUGGAAUCCAAGUUGUCCAUACAACAAACACUCAUAAAGAUGACUUCCUUGUCAAGUUGCCUGUGGAGCCGGCAAGUAGUGACAACACAACAACAACCACGGGUGAUGACAGCUGCAGUAGCGAUACCUCAUCCGAAAACGAUUUUGAAGCUGUGUUUACUGUUAACGAACCCAUUUCCAAUGUUGAUGAUAGACUUGACAAUUUACUGAGACCAUCAAGUUCACGAAUGGUUGAACUACACACUAACAGUAUCUCAGAGGCUGGCAAUGACUCGGAGUGUAGUAAUAGUAAUAAUAACGUUUCUGUCAUGAAUGUGCCGGUACCGCCUCCCGUCCCAUCAAUGCCGCUACAUAUGGGACAGACGAAUGACGUUAAUAUGCAGGUAAAAAGAAUCAAUUGGGAGAAACUUCCGGAUACGCAGAACACAAUAUGGGGCCAGAUAUACACAGAUGAAGAAGAAGAUUACAAUGAAGUGGUUCGUGAGUUGAGUUUAGAACAACAGUUUAGUACCAAGGCAAAGAAAACAGGUGCUGAUCGGAAAGACAUAAAGAAAGGUCAGUUAUCGAUAUUAGACUCAAAGAAGACUUAUAAUAUAUCAAUUUUACUAGCUCAUAUGCGGAUGUCUUUUGACGAGAUAAAACAUGCGUUGUUGUCCAUGGAAACCAGUAAACUGUCUGCUGCCCAUUUUCAACAGAUUAUUCAGUUCUCACCAUCAGAAACCGAGGUGAAUAAACUACAAGCUGUAUCAAAAGCAGAUCGUCAGUAUUUGAGCAAAGCUGACAUGUUUGCAUUGGAGCUUUCUACAGUGCCUUUAUUUCGAGUACGUCUUCAAGCUCUUCUAUUUAAAGACAAUUUCUCUGAGAAAUCCACCGAGACAUUGAGUUGUCUGGAGUGUCUGUCCAGGGCUUCAAAAGAACUGAGAACAAGUCGUAAACUGGCCAAGAUACUGGAGUUGGUUUUAGCGAUGGGUAAUUACAUGAAUAAAGGUAACAGAAGAGUCGGCAAUGCUACUGGAUUUAAAAUAUCAUUCCUGAUGCAGUUGGAUACGACAAAGACAACAGAUAACAAGUCAACGUUCUUGCACGUACUGGCCAAGGCAGUGAGUGACAAGGUACCGGCCGUAUUGUCGUUUGGUGAAGAGAUCCCCAAUGUAGGAUUGGCUGCUAAGAUAUCAGAUACAGUGUUGAUGAAUGAUAUCAAGGAACUCACUUCAACAUUAGAGGAUAUUAGCAACACUGUCAAGUUGUCACGAGACGAGAAAGUUGGCACAUCAACAGAAGAUAAAUUCUACGAAGUGAUGGAUCAACUAAUUGACGACUCUACACAGACGUUGGAUGAAAUCAAUCAUAAGAAAACCAGUGGAAUGGAAGAAUACAUCAAAACUUUGGAAUUCUUUGGUGAAAGUACUGAGACAACAUCUUCAGACAACUUCUUCAAAAUAUUUUCUGACUUUGUAACCAAAUUUGAGCGAGCACAUCAUGAUAACGUGGGACGUAACCAUGACAAAUAG